AAGUGAAGUGAUGGUAACUAUUGUGAAUUGUUGAACAGUUGAAUAAAUCUUUAGUAUAAUUUAAUGAGUCGUAAGCGUGGUUGAACGUGAUCGCAAUCAAAUAUUAUGAAGCCAUAUGGAGUCGUCAUUUUCCUGUCGUCGCUCAUAUUUAUUAAAUCAUCCAAAGCACAAUGCGGAGUUGGCAGAUCGGUGACAUACGUCCGAUGGUCAGGAGUGGCUCCGGAAACUGCGAAGCCAGUGUUUGUGUACUCCGCGAGCGGUGAGGAGCAGUCUUUGGCAGGAGCCUGCCUAGCCAGGUGUCGGGAGCUGGAGGAAUGCGCAGCAGUCGUUAUCGCAUACGGCAGAGGAAACUGCCAGGGCAUAGCAGAUCAAACCUCAGCAAAACUAAAGGUGGACAACGAUGUCGCAUUCUUCAAGAAAGUCUGCUUGGCACUACCAGACGAAUGUAGCACACGAUGGUGGAUGUUGGAGAAUACCCCUGGAUACCACCUUCACUCUGAAGGGUCUCACCUGAAAGUCAUUCUCAAUACAACCAUCUAUGAGUGCUACGAUGCUGUGUUCGCCUACAACGGCAAUAAGAAGUUCAGAUCUGCGCAAUGGGUAGUACCUCAGAGCGAAUUCGACCCCGAUGUCAUCUACACGUCGGAUUCCUUGGUUGGCAACUGUAUCCUUAACGCGGAGAACAGAUUCACUGAGCCGGAGUCCUAUCGUGUAUCGAAUUACUACACUGUGUACAUCGAAAACCAGUGUAGACAUGACUAUCCACAAAAGAUAGAAAGAUGUUCCUAUGAAGAAUACUACAAUCAGACGCUCAGACAUGUUGAGUUUACUAUGAAAAACUACACGAGAGAUAAAUGUAAAUCGUCCUGUGAACAGUCUGAACUGUUCAUUUGCCGGGGGUUCACGUGGAUAUCCCGGGAGAAGGUCAAGGGUGGUGGGGAGCGGGGUCUUUGCGACCUGCACAGUGAAGACCUCAUUACUACGGGCUCCUGGCUACUGAGACGAAUUUCCUCCGCUACUUAUUACCGCAGAGUGGUUUGCUUGAACAUUUCAGUGGAAUGCGAAAGCACGCAAAUGGUAGUGACAUACCGUCCACACGGAAUUUUCCGUGGUCGGUUGUAUGUCCCCGGAAGGGGGGAGAAGUGCAGUGCUAGGGCUAUAGGUCACACUGUGCGACUCAACCUACCCAUGCAAGGAGACUGCGACGUUAACUUCGCUUACGGCAUCUCAAACGGUCCUAAUGGAAUCAUUAACAGGACGAUGGCAUACGUGAUCGUAAUGAUUCAGAACAAUCCGAUCAUACAGACAGCGGGUGAUCGGUGGGUGCGGGUGGGUUGCUCACCAGACUCAAGGACCGUUAAGCAGGUUGGCACCACCGUCUCUGUUAGAGAACUCGGAGGUUACAGGAGUCCGAUGUUACCGACUGAGCCGGAGUCGCCAGCUCAUCAGGCUCCGGCAGCGGCGAGUGCCAUAUACGGCGGCAGUAGCACCCCCAUCUCCAUGUAUGUGGUGCGGGCUCUCGACGAGACUGGAGCUGGUGCCGUGUCGCUAGGAGAGCCUCUAGAACUGAGGAUCGAGACUACAGAUAAUUUGGAAAUUAAACCGUAUCAUCUGGUGGCUUCUUCGAGGCUUGGAGACAGUUCUGUACUGCUGCUUGAUAGUAGGGGCUGUCCUACAGGACAGGUGGACUUCCCAGCGUUCUCCCGGAGCUGGGUAGGCAGUGUACAGCGGUUGUCAGCACGGUUUAAAGCCUUCCGCUUCCCUACAUCACACGUCGUUAGAUUCGCGAUUAUGGUCCGCUUCUGUGAUCAGAAGUGUCCUGAGGUGAAAUGUAAUACUGGCAAACAAACCCGUAAUACCCGUCAGACCAAUGACACGCUAUACCAAUGGAGUGAAGAGGUAGCUGCUGAAGUGCAACCUGAAGAGGUCGGGGAUGAUGAGGGGUAUGUAAGGCCUGACGAGGCCCCGGCGCCGGGGGCCGCGGCCAGGGUAGUGGCGCGCGGAGCGGCAGGUGGUUGCGCGCCCUCUAGUGGAGACUCCCUCGCCAUGACCUUGGAGCUGCUCGUCGACUCCAAAGACAUCCUCUCAGCUGACACACUGGUCCGAGCCGACCAUCGCGCCACAUUGCCGGAAGACAGCAGGCCUAUCGAAGACGGUGCAAUGGUGUGCAUCCAUGAGUUACUGCUGGUGACGCUAGCACUGGCCUGGCUUGCAGUACAGAUUAUACUCCUACUUGGCUGCUGUGUACUUGUCAAGAGGUACCGCAAUUUGGCAGAAAUGAAUAUGCAAAAGGACUACCAGUCGUUCGACAACGUAGGCUUCGAGACGGGCUCCACCGUUAGACGUGUGCACUGGCCGGACCAACACAUUGAUAUACUGCAUACCACAUAAAUAUUACAUAAUUAUGUAAAAAUAUAUUGUAGGAUUGAUGCAAAAUUUAGUAAAAACGAUAUUUGCCUUAGGGCUGAUUUUUCAAUUGUCAGAUAAA